GAGUUUUGUUUAGUAAAGGAGAUUUAAAACCAGCCUAAAGUGACUGGAUUAUAGCUCCAGGAAUUCGGCUAUAGGAGAGACUCUUCCAUCAAACAGGUGAGCCAUGACAUCAUUGCUGUUACUGUGUUUGUGUCUCCGGGUGAUCUCAGCUACAUGGACUUAUGAGGAUUAUGUAUAUUCUGAAGCUGAAAGUACUCUGAGCAUCAGCAUUCCUACUGAGGGACCUCUCCGCUCCUUAAUGGGGGACACGCUGGUCCUACCCUGCUACUUCCAGGAUAACACAGUCCAUGACCCUGGAGCUCCCACCAUAGCCCCUCUCUCUCAUCGCAUCAAAUGGAGCCUCAUUACAAAAGAGAAGACCACAGACAUUCUGGUGGCCUCUGAUGGUGUGGUGGCUGUCAACGAUAAAUAUUUGGACAGAGUGACCAUGGUAGGAUACCCCAUGACCCCUACUGAUGCCACGAUUAAGAUCACAGAACUCCUCUCUAACGACUCAGGAGUGUACCGCUGCGAGGUCAUGCACGGAAUCGAAGACAACCAUGAUCUCAUUGAUGUCCAGGUGCAAGGUACUGUGUUCCAUUACCGCGCCAUCACCAGCCGUUACACUCUAACCUUUGAGAAGGCAAAAGCAGCUUGUAUUCAGAACAGUGCUGUGAUCGCCACUCCGGAGCAGCUGCAGGCAGCUUAUGAUGAGGGCUACCACCAAUGUGAUGCAGGCUGGCUCGCUGACCAGACUGUCAGAUAUCCCAUCCAUGAUCCCCGAGAGGCUUGCUAUGGUGACAAGUAUGAAUUUCCAGGGGUCAGAACAUAUGGAGUGAGAGACACAAAUGAGACUUAUGAUGUGUACUGCUUUGCUGAAAAUAUGACAGGAAGGGUGUUCUAUUCAGUGUCACCUGAAAAGUUCACGUUUAAUGAAGCUAAGGCCCAGUGUGCUAAAUUAGGUGCUAAGUUAGCCACCACUGGCCAGCUGUACCUAGCCUGGAAGGCUGGUAUGGAUGUAUGUAACGCAGGCUGGCUGGCAGACCAGAGCGUCCGCUAUCCCAUCAACAUUGCCCGGCCCCAGUGUGGGGGAGGUCUGCUGGGAGUACGAACUGUGUACCGCUUCCCCAAUCAGACAGGCUAUCCUCUUCCAGACUCACGCUAUGAUGCUAUCUGUUACACAGAAGAAGAUGAAGAAGGUUCCGGUCUACCUGACAUAUACCCAGAUGUACAGACGACCACAGAGGCAGGAAGUGGCACACUAAGCGUGGGCACAGUGACAGACCGCCCCCAGGAAUUUGUCAAGCGCACCUCCACUGAGAGUGAGCUGCUAGGCAAGGUUGUCACCCAUAAACCUCUCAUCACCACUGUUGAUCUCACAUAUGUCGAGCAGAACGUCACCCAGCUGCCCCUGUUGCCACCACCCAGCGCCACAGAUAACCUUACUGACCUCAUAGAGGGAGUGACCGCUCAACCUGACCUCCAUGAAAAUAUAACUGAUGCUGUGAUGUCUCAUACUGGUGUUGUGUUCCACUACAGAAUAGGCUCCAGGCGCUAUUCUCUCACCUUUGUUGAGGCUCAGUUGGCCUGCCAGAAUAUCGGCGCAGUGAUUGCCAGUCCCCUGCAGCUACACGCUGCCUAUGUAGCUGGCUACCACCAGUGUGAUGCUGGCUGGCUGCUUGACCAGACUGUCAGGUACCCUAUCGUGUCCCCACGUGAGAAGUGCUCUGGUGAUUUAGAGCACUUGCCCGGCGUGAGGUCUUAUGGACUGCGGCCUGCCAGUGAGCGCUAUGAUGUGUACUGCUACAUGGACAAACCAAGAGGGGAAGUUUUCCAUGCAAGUUCAUUCGAGGGAUUCACAUAUGAUGAAGCGGUGGCUUACUGCCAAGGUCAGGACGCUUCUUUGGCCUCCACAGCUGAUCUGCAUGCAGCCUGGAAGCAGGGCUUUGAUAAGUGCCGUGCUGGCUGGCUCAUCGACCGCAGCGUUCGCUACCCCGUUAAUAAACCCCGGCCCCAGUGCGGAGGAGGAAAAUCUGGCGUCCACACAGUCUAUGCCUUCUCCAACCAGACAGGCUAUCCUGAUGUGCACUCCAAAUUUGAUGCUUAUUGCGUUAAAGUUGAUCUCCAUUUGUAUCUCAAUGAGACUGUGAUGAAUGUGACAAUGAUAGAAGAGGAGAUAGUAAACCUCACCAUGAUACCUGGCCUUCAUAGUCAAGUGAUUCCCUCUAUUGCUCCCCCUAUCCCAGUGGAGCCCUCUGGUUCUGGCUCUGCAGACCUAGCCAGUGGAUUCUCUGGUGAUGCAUCAGCCAGUGGUAGUGGGGAACAACCUAGUGGAAGUGGAGAGCAGCCUAGUGGAACCGGGGAGCAGCUUAGUGGAAGUGGAGAGCAACCUAGUGGAACCGGGGAGCAGCUUAGUGGAAGUGGAGAGCAACCUAGUGGAAAUGGGGAGCAGCCUAGUGGAAGUGGAGAGCAGCCUAGUGGAACCGGGGAGCAGCCUAGUGGCAUUGGAGAGCAGCCUAGUGGCAUUGGAGAGCAGCCUAGUGGCAGUGGAGAGCAGCCUAGUGGAAGCGGGGAGCAGCCUAGUGGAAGUGGGGAGCCCCCUAGUGGGGCGUCAGGCAUAGGAGAAGACCGUUCAGGUUCUGGGCUCAGUGGUGACGUUUCUGGCUCAGGCCAUAGCAGUGAUGGCUCAGGUAUAUUUGUGAUCUUCUCAGGAAGUGAUUCCAUCCUGUCUAGGGAUGGAUCAGCUUCAGGGACACCUCAGGAAGCUGAAGAAGGCAGUACAGACAUCCUCACUUUCAUUCCAGGCCUGGGAUCGGGCUUCUUCAGUGGGGAAUGGUCAGGAUCAGGAAGCGGGUCGGGUCUCAGCUCAGAGGAGAGUGGUUCUACAUCAGACCAGUUCAGCAGUUCAGGAGAGAGUGACGAGAGUGGAAGUCUUUCAGGCCUCUCUUCAGGACUGGGCUCCAGUGAGGAGUUCUCUGGAUUUAGUGGCUUUCCAUCAGGCUUGCUAACUUCUGGGUACUACAGUGGUUUCUCUGGGCUCACCAGCAGCAGUGGUGGAAUUAUCAUGAUGAAUGGUGAGUGGGUGGAGGGGUCCUCUCCCCUGACCCUUACAGCUCAGGAGUUGGGUGGAGCUCAGGUGGAUUUCAGUGGGUCUGGAGAUCAUUCAGGGUAUGGCGAUGUAUCGGGGUCUGGAGUAAGUGGCACUUUCACUGGAAUCAGUGGUGACCUCAGUGGUGACCUCAGUGGCUCUGGGAGUGGCUCUGGAUUUCCUGGAGUCACCUUGUUGGGAUCAGGUUUCACAGACCUCACAGGCCAACCCAGUGGAGAACAAGAGGCUUCUGGAAUUUUGGUGUAUGGAUCAGGAGAGGGGAGCAGAUUUCUUUCUGGGACCUCUGGAGACACAUCGGGAGCAUCAGCCAGUGGAGAUAUACCAUUAUUAUUUACUAAUGCGAACUUGGUAGAUGCUUCUGUCAAACUUACCCAAAGCCAAGAGGCUGGCAAAGGCCCCAUAGAGGUCAGUGGAAGUGGGAGUGGACUAUCUUCAGGCAGUGGAGAUCACCAUACUGCAAUUGAUACUAGAAUCCACUAUGCCUCAACCAGUGGAGAACCAGAGGCUUCUGGGAUUUUGGUGUAUGGAUCAGGAGAGGGGAGCGGAUUUCUCUCUGGGACCUCUGGAGACACAUCGGGAGCAUCAGCCAGUCAGGAUGUACCUUUAUUAUUUGCUAAUGCUAGCUCCGUAGAUGCUUCUGUCAAACUUACCCAAAGCCAAGAGGCUGGCAAAGGCCCCAUAGAGGUCAGUGGGAAUGGGAGUGGGAGUGGACUAUCUUCAGGCAGUGGAGACAACCACACUGCAAGUGAUACUAGAAUCCACCAUGCCUCAAUCAGUGGAGAACCAUCAGAGGUUCUUUCAAAUGAUAUUCCAACAGGCCUACAGCUAGCUCCAUCAGGACUGCUUAGUGACACUGCAGAACCUCUGAGAUCAGAACCUGGUGAAAUUAUCUGGAAGUCUCAUUCCACAACGCCUGCACCUGUAGCUGCUACAACUACUGAACCGUCGUUCCCUCUACAAACCCCGGCUGUCAUUGAGAUGCCCGCCAUGGAGAAUGUUGCUGUGGACCCAUGUAACCCAAACCCCUGUGGUCCUGGCUCAUGUUCUGUACAGGAUGGGGUCGGCCUGUGUCACUGCCCACCUGGACUGUUGGGCAACGAGUGUCAGUUUGAGGUUGAUGUGUGCCAUUCAAACCCUUGCGCCAAUGGAGCCACGUGUGUGGAGGUAGAGGACGCUUUCAAAUGCUUAUGCCUGCCCAGCUAUGGAGGGGAUCGCUGUGAGAUCGAUGUAGAAAAAUGUGAGGAGGGCUGGACUAAAUUUCAGGGCAACUGUUACUUGCAUUUCUCUGAGAGGGAGACCUGGGAGGAUGCGGAGCAACACUGCAGAAGCCUCGGAGCUCACCUAGUCAGCAUCACAAAUCGAGAGGAACAGUUUUUUGUCAACUCCCAUGCUCAGGACUACCAGUGGAUUGGACUAAAUGAUAAGACAUUUGAGAAUGACUUCCAGUGGUCAGAUGGAACCCCGCUGCAAUAUGAGAACUGGAGGCCUAAUCAGCCAGAUAAUUAUUUCAACUCUGGUGAAGACUGCGUGGUCAUGAUCUGGCAUGAAAACGGCCAAUGGAAUGAUGUCCCUUGCAACUACCAUCUUCCAUUUACAUGUAAAACUGGCCCAGUCACAUGUGGCCAGCCUCCUGAAGUAAAGAAUGCCAAGAUGUUCGGGAAUAAGAAGGAGCGCUAUCAGGUCAACUCUGUGAUCAGAUAUCAGUGCAAUGAAGGUUUCCGUCAGCGCCACCUGCCUGUGGUCCGCUGCUUGGCAGAUGGACACUGGCAGAAACCACAAGUGGAAUGUAUAGCCCAAAUCAAACAUGGACUACUAAAGAGAUCCAUCCAGCGUCAGUCUGCCAGGAAAACAUCAUUGGAAAAGCACCUCUCAUGAGUUAAGACAAGAUAGUUAACAGAUUUUUUAAAGAAGCUAUUUUCUGAGGCCCUGAAUUAAGUAUAAGUUUUGUAUUAGAAAUUCUCCCCAUCCUGUACAUAGUGUCACUACCCACAUUAUAAUAUACUGGUUUGAGCAUAACUCAUUGACAGUAUAGACAUUUGUUUUGUUAUUAUUAUUUUUUUCACCUCACCUAACAAUUCACUUUAUUUAUGAAAGUAGUACUUUUCCAUAGUUAGUGUAAUUGGAUCACCAUGCUUGCAUCUGAACAAGUCACAAGAUUUCAGAAACUUGGCCAUGUACGUUCAUUCCAGACCUCUUCAGGCAUUCUUCAGCGUGUCUCGAAAUAUCUGUUAGUUUUACAAAACCUUCCAGAGGCUGAUCUUUCAUCCAGACUGUCUGGAAUUUUGUGGUGAAACAGAACAGCUAAGAUGCGGCCCAAACGAGUGCAGUCCUCUGUCUGAGAGGGACACUGGAGCGAGUUUCUUGUUUUCUUCCUUGAACACCAUAGUAUGGUUGCAAAUUGCAAAGAUUUUACAGCACUUACAGUAUACAGGCUAGUAUAUGAAUGACAAAACAGCAUUUUGAAGUAUUACUUUCAUCUGUUGUCUAUUAGGAUAAAUAGCAAAUUUAGAUAUAUUCAUAGCCAUAAUGGAGAAGAGGUUUACACUCAGCUAAUUUAUUUUUACUUACCCAUACAAAUAAUGUAAGAUCAUAAACAUAUUGCUUUUUCUGUUAGUUCUCAAGACAUUUUAAUGUGAAAUUAGAUAUAUUUAUUGAUUUCUCAAAAUUAUUUUGCAGUUUUUCCAUCUGUUUAGGGCCAGCAUAUUCAGACAUGAAAAUCUUACAAAAUAUAUUGCACUUUAUAUAUAAAGAUUACAAAGUAAUGCACUGAAUUUAAUUGAUUGAAAUUGGAACAAUAUUAACACAUGGAAUAAGAUAUAUUACAUAAACACUAGAGAUGGCACGAUACCAAUUUUUCUUUUCCAGUAUUGAAAUCGUCAGUAUCUGCCGAUACUGAUCUGAUAUUCUUAAAUUCUCAAUGUUAUUAUAUUAUUACACCAUUCUGACACUCAUGCAUGUGCUUAAGCCCAUGCACUUUUGCCCUUAUAACACCUUCCUGGUCAGCAUACAUAGUGAUUAUAUCAUAUAUAGCUUUACCCCAGGUUGGCUUGAUUCAGCGCUCUUGUGCGCCCCCUCUAGUGCGGUGCUGACUGCCUAUGGAUUUUGUCUCAGCCAGCGCCAACCUGUCAGAGAUACAUGCAUGUUAAAGGGCCCAUAUUCCUUACACAUUAAUCUGCUUGAUUUUUCCCUGAGGUCCACUUUUACCAUUUGAGAGCUUUUAUAUACCAAAAACAGCCAUCAUUCAUUUUUAC